AGUAUACAUUUUAGAAUGUAAUUUGUAUACGAGAAUGUUGUAAAAUUUUCAUACAAUUUUGAGCAUGAAAAGUUUGGUGAAAGUGAUGAAACUAUGAAUCGCAUAUAAAGUAUAAACUGAUAGUGGCAUCGCUUUAUGCCGCAAAUAAUAAGUUCCAGUGGAUGGAAUAUCCAUAGGAUGAUGCUCUUCUAGUGACUCACGUUCACCAACUGUUUGAUACUUUGCUUCACCCAAAAGACCAAACCACGCUGCAUACCCCGCUCUGGUUCUCAAUCAUAGAUUAAUUCCUUACACACAAGGUUUGGUUGCUGCCAUGAGUUGCUGUUAUGAGUUCAAAGGUUGCAAUGAGGAAACAAAGAUUUCAGCUGUCAUUUUUGACUUGGAUGGAACACUUCUAGAUACUGAGAGAGCAACAAGGGGUGUGUUGAAUGGAUUUCUGGCAAAGUAUGGAAAGGAACUUGACAAGGAGAAGGAGGAGAAGAAGAGGAUGAACUCCCAUUGACACCUGAACAAUUCAUCAAAGAAAUCACUCCUCUCUACAGAGAAAGGUGGACAGAAGCCAAAGCCUUGCCCGGUGCUAAUCGCCUUAUUAACCAUCUCAAGAAAAAUGGAGUGCCUAUGGCCCUUGCUUCAAACUCCUUGAGAGAGAACAUAGAUGUGAAAAUUUCUCAUCAUAAUGGUUGGAAAGAAAGCUUUUCUGUAAUUCUAGGAAGUGAUCAAGUUAAAUCUGGGAAGCCUUCUCCGUAUUUAUUUGAAGAAGCUGCUAAGAAAAUGGGUGUAGAUGCAUCUAACUGCUUGGUGAUUGAGGAUUCCUUGGUUGGUGUCAAAGCAGCAAAUGCUGCAAAAAUGAAGGUAGUAGCUAUACCGUCUCGAGGAGAAGUCGAUUGUUAUCUACUAGCAGAUACUGUGCUUCACUCACUUUUAGAGUUUCAACCUGAGCUAUGGGGCCUUCCACCUUUCGACGACUUGCUAGAUAACACAUUGCCUAUUGAGCCGAUUCAUGUGAGUGGUGUGUAUGUUAGUGGAGCUCUACAUGAAUCUACAGAGAAUGCAACAGGUGCUCUUCCUGGUCAAGUUUUUGGACUUUACUUUGGUUGGGGCAAGGUUCAUGCUGAUAGGAACUUUAAGAUAUUGCAUAUAUGCCUUAUUGAUCCCAAUAGUGAUGACCAUAUGUAUGAGCAACAGCGCAUGCAAAUUCAUCUUGUUGGCUACAUAAGUGCUUUUGACAAGAAGGAACUCACAUCAAGGGAAUUGGAGAAACUAGAAGAAUACAAGUCUAUUGCAAGAGCUUCACUGGAUUUACCAUCAUUCACUUAUUCUUUUUAAGUAAAAUAAAGCUUCACGUGGAGGAUGCAGUUCACGUGAGGCUUUACAGUAAUUGUUUGAGAAGAUGAAACAAAAAUUAUCUAACUUGUUGCAGAUUUCAUAGCUGUGGAAUUAAUUUUAUAACAUAAGACGUGCAUUGAAAUGAUUCAUAAGGAAAAGGAAGUGCUUGUAAAGUUGUAACAGUAAUAAAUAAUAUAUUACGAAAUUCUUAAAGUGAAAAUGCAAUAAUAUAGCAAUCAA